CAUCCGCCGUUUCUCUCCGGAAGUACAGUUAAUUUUUAUUCACGGGGAGAAAAAAAACACAGCUGCAGUUGAAAAACACAACAUCAAAAAUGCCUGCCCCAAAGAGAGGAUCAGCUUCUCCGGAUUUACAGCCCAAGAUAAGAAAGUUGGAUGAGGAUGAAGAAACUCUGCCAGCCACAAURGAACCCACUUCCAAUUCCUUCAAACCAGAAAACACUGCAGCAGCCCCACAGACUAAGAAAAAACGGCUGGCUGUGGAGCAGGAAAAUUCACCAGACAAAUCAUCCAACCAAAGUUCUCCUACCAAGGAAUCCAGCAAAACAGCCCCUGACCCACCUGUGAAAAAAGCCAGGCUCCUGAACGCCACAAGUGCCUCCUGUGGAGAAACUCCCUCACAGAGGGCAAACUCUAAAGUUUCUGUGAAGCGAACCGCCUCCACUGACUCUGAUGAAGUUCUAAGUAGCGAUAGUAGUAAGAUGGACUUAUUUAAAGAGAGAGACAAUGAAGACAAGGCCCGCUGCAUCAGAAUAUACUCCAACAAAAUUAAAGCUAUGUGCAGCGCUGAAGAGUCAUCUUCUGAUCCACAGGAACUGAGCCAAGAUCUAUCAUCCUCACCUUUGGAUCCUGUGCAGAAAGACCACAGUUAUGGUAGAUUUUCAGAGUCCACUUCACUUGAAAACACUGGGGAGGCUGAAGAUAAAGAUUCUUCAGAGUCUUUUACUGAGCAAAAGAGCGAAGAAAUUUCACAUGAUGAAACACAAAAGGUGCCGACAGACACUUUAGUCUCAGAAAUAGGGAGCACUAAGACCAGCGUUGAAGUCGAGUCUGCAAAUGAAAAAGGUAAAUAUGUGGAAUUACAAUAUCCAGAAAGCCCAACUCUCGUGGAUAGUAAAACACCAGCAUUUUCUCGAGACAUGUCAGACUGCAUCAUGCCUGUGGGUGAGGAGAAUGAAAAACGAGAAGAAACGCAGCUCAACAAAAGCCAAAAAGCUGUAGAUAAUACACUAGCAUUGCCGGAGAAAACACUAUGUGCUGUUACUGGAGAGCUACAUUCAAGUGAUGAAGGUGCACAGCUUGGAGAUGAAAGAGCUGAUUCAGCUUGCCGAUCAGCAAGCCAGACUCACCUGAUUACACCGUUUGUUUCUGAAGAGAAUGAGCAGAAUAUAAAAAGCAAAACCAAGGAGCAGGAAGUAUCUGAAUCUGCUGAAAUCUGCACAGAAAAUCUAGAUGGAGUCCUGUUAAAUGAAACUGCUCCAGAACAGGUAGAAAUUAGUAAUGUAGAGGGUCAACCUGAGGAAAACGUAAAAAUGGCUGAGUUUGCUACUACUCCAAAUACUCAAAUAGAACUCAGUGAUCAAGUAGCUUCAAAAGAGGAUUUUAACGCUACAGAUAUUCAAGCUGAGAUGCCAGACACACUUGAAAAGUAUGAGGACAAGUUUGAAGAAAGUGCUAGAGAUGGUGUUGACUUCCAGCCUCCUCAGACUUCUGCUUGUUCUGAAGCUUUAGUUGAAGUGCACCUGAAUCAUGGCAUUGUGACACCUGAUGGCUGUGCAGACACUUUAUCUGAAUGUAUGGUUGUUCAAAAUCAAAUAGAGAUGCUUUCUGACAAUUUUGAAGUUCCUGAGGGUCAAACACCUGAAGUGGUUUUACAAAGUGAAGAGAAUUGCCUGAUUUAUGACAAAGCAACACAAGUAGCUGCUGAAAUAGAGAGAGACUCUUCAAACAUAGGCGAAGAGAAGGACAAGAGCAUCCAGUGUUCUGCUGCAGAAAUCAAAGGCGAUGCACAGACGUCUCAUCCAGACGCUACAGUAAAAACACAAAACCUGGAUGCCUCUGAAUCUACCACUGAUUUUCACGAGGGUCACAGUGGGGACAAUUUUAAAACUAUGGAAAAUGAGGACACUGUGGAUGGUGAGAGUGGAGCAGAGACUGCAGUAACUCCAGACAUCUCUAAUUCAGAACCUCCAGUGGAAACGCAAAAGCAGGAAAUCCAGGAGGUGAGCCAAUCCACUACAGUCACGUCUUCUGACAUUCAUGGCAGUGUUGCUGCUGAUAAAUGUGAAAACAUGAAAACUGUUGCAUGUGCUGUUAUAGCCGAGGGUCAAAGUGGAACGGAAACUGUCGCAGCAUUCAAGCUUUCUGAUCCAGCAGCUAAAGUAGAAUUGCAAACCCAGGAGAGCCCUGUUAAUGAACACCCUGCGGUUGUACCUGAUGACGGUCAAGAAAGUCCAGAGAAUGCAAAUUCUAAAGGCAGGAGCAAUGUUGAUGUUACAGCUGAGAAUCUAAUAGAAGUAGACAUUCAAACUGCAGCAAUGUCAGAGGAAGUCUGCUCACAGGUGGAGGAAACACAUAGUCAGAUGAAUGAGGAGGUCAGUGAACGCACCAUAGACAUAUGUGCCACUCAGAGUCAAAUAGAAUUUGAUGAACUUUCUGACGCCACUUCUGAGGAGGUCUCAAACAUUGCUCAUAUAGAAGAGAUGCAAACUUCAACAGUCAGUGAAUCCACAGCUAAUAUGCAUGACGAAGCUCAGAAAGUUCUGGAAAACCCUAACUGUGCGGCUCAGAGUCAAACUGAAGUUGUAGAAGAUAUACAGGCUGCAGUCACUCUAGAAAAGGUCUCAACCAUUGCUCAUAUAGAUGAAAUUCAAACUCCAAUGGUCAGCGAACCCACCACAGAUACACCUGACGAUGCUUACUCAGAUGUGGAGGAUGCAGCUUUUAMGAGCAGCAAAUAUGUUAAAUGUGUUUCUGCCGUUUUCCAGAAUCAAAUAGAAGUAGAUGUAGACACUUCAGCAUCGGACAAUGUUGCACUAGUAGAAGUAAUGCAAAGCCAGAUGGUCAGUGAAUCUACCACAGACACAUCAGAUGACGUUUUUGGGAAUCACCGUGAAGAAAAUUUGAAAACGGUUGCAAACGAUGAGUUUAAAUUUGAAUCUCCUGCUGGAACUUCGAAUCAAAUGGAAGUGGAAACCACAUUGUCUAUGGAAAGUUCAAAUUCAGCUCCUUCGUUGAACAUAAAUAAAAGCCAAACAGAAGAGGACAUGCAGGCACCUGAUAAUGGUUUUAGUGCAGCUUUUGGGGUUGAAACACAAACUCAGAAAAUCCAGGAUGUCAGUGGAGAAACAACAGACAACACAGAUGAAGAGCUUCUUGAAGAUAAAAUAGUUGAAAAUGUGAAGCAUGCAGUAAAUUCAGAGUGUGUGAGUGUACAAGAGGCUCAGGUUGAAUCAGAAAUGCAGAUUACACCGGAUUCAGUGAUUUCUGGAGCAAAUCGUUCUGAGGAAAUACAGAAAAGCCAAAAUGAAAUGGAUKUGCUGACUGUAACAACAUCAGAACAAGAUUGUAACAUUCCUGCAGUGGAAAUACAAACUCUAAAGAGCCAUGAUGUCAGUGAGYAAAAUACAGACACACAGUCUGUAGCUGAUGAAGAGAGUCAAAACACAAUGGAGACAUCAUUUUCACCACCUUCAGCUGAAACACAAAACCAGAGGAGUUUCGACAUCAUGGACUCUUCAACAGAUGUUUCUGAACAGGUCCAGGAAAACUUCAGGACUUCCACAAACGAGAGUUUUGAAAAUGAAAACAAGGCUCUUGAAGAAUGUGUUCCUGCUGCAGUGAGGGCAAACGAAAUGGAAACGCAAGCAGCUGAAGGACUACAGAAGAAUUUUCAACCGACACCUACAAAACAAACAGAAAGCCACAGAGGGCAGGAGAUCAGUGAACUCACCACAGACACAAACAUUUCUGUUUCACAGACUUCACCUGAAACACCCAUCCAGGAGGGCUCCGAUGUCACAGAAGCUGAAAAUGACGCAUCUGUAACUGUCCAGGAAUGUUUCGYGGUUCCCUCCGAUGAGUGUCAUGAAAAUGAGAACAAGGUUAUCAAAGAAAGUGUUGGCACUGCUGAGUGGACAAACACAAUGGAAACACAAAAAGCAGAAAUGUUGGAGGUCGUCUCUCAACCAACAGCUACUGAACAAACACAAAGCCAGAGAGGUCCAGAGGUCAGUGAACUCACRUCAGACUCAGACAGUUCUGUUUCACCUCSUCCACCUGAAACUCAGAUUCAGAGAAGCUUUGACAUCACAGAUCCUGCAAGUGAAGUGUCUAAAACUGGUCAAGAGAGUUUCAAGAUUCCCUCGAAUGAGUGUCAUGAAAAUAAGGCCACUGAAGAACAUGUUGAUGAUGAGAUGACAAACAAAAUGGAAACGCAAACAGCAGAAAUGCUAAAAGAGGAUUCUCCACKAACAYCRACUGAACAAACACAAAGCCAGAGAGGUCCAGAGGUCAGUGAACUCACRUCAGACUCAGACAGUUCUGUUUCACCUCSUCCACCUGAAACUCAGAUUCAGAGAAGCUUUGACAUCACAGAUCCUGCAAGUGAAGUGUCUAAAACUGGUCAAGAGAGUUUCAAGAUUCCCUCGAAUGAGUGUCAUGAAAAUAAGGCCACUGAAGAACAUGUUGAUGAUGAGAUGACAAACAAAAUGGAAACGCAAACAGCAGAAAUGCUAAAAGAGGAUUCUCCACKAACAYCRACUGAACAAACACAAAGCCAGAGAGGUCCAGAGGUCAGUGAACUCACRUCAGACUCAGACAGUUCUGUUUCACCUCCUCCACCUGAAACUCAGAUUCAGAGAAGCUUUGACAUCACAGAUCCUGCAAGUGAAGUGUCUAAAACUGGUCAAGAAAGUUUCAAGAUUCCCUCUGAGUGUCAUGAAAGUAAGGUCACUGAAGAACAUGUUGAUGAUGAGAUGACAAACAAAAUGGAAACGCAAACAGCAGAAAUGUCAAUUGAGGUUUCACAACCAGCAACUUCAGAAACAAAUCAAAACCUGAAAGYUCAAGAGGUCAGUGAACUCACCACAGACGUUUCUGUUUCAUCACCUUCAUCUGAAAUACAAAUCCAGAAAAGCCUCAAUGUUGAGCAUGAAGUAAAAGUAUCUGAAACUGUACAGACUAUUUUCAGCAUUACCUCAAAUGAGGUUCACAAUGAGAACGAGAUACUUGAAAAAUCUGUYGACACUGCCGGGGGAACGAACAAAAUGGAAARGCAAGCAGCAGAAAUGUCAUUUGAGGCUUCUCAACCAACAACUUCAGAAACAAGYCAAAACCUAAAAGGUCAAGAGGUCAGUGAACUCACCACAGACACAAAUAUUUCUGUUUCACUGUCUUUAUCUGAAACACAAAUCCAGAUGAACUCAAGUGUCACAGACUCUGCAAAUGAUGCAUCUGAAAUGAUCAAAUCAAAUGAUCAUGAAAAUGAGAACAAGGAAUGUGUCAACACUGCUGAGAGGACACACAAAAUGGAAAUACACGCAGCAGAAACAUUAGAGGUUUCUCAACCAACAAUUACAGAACAAACAGAAACUCUGAGACAUCAGGAGGUCAGUGAAGUCACCACAGACACGGAUGUUUGUGUUUCACCAGCCCCAGCUGAAACACAGAUUCACAUAAGUCUCGACAURAGUGAAGCGUCAACAAACACAUCUGGAUCUGUUCAGGAAGUUUUCAGGAUUCCUUUAAACGAGUGUCACAAAAAUGUAAAAAAUGCCAUUGAAGAAUUUGCUGACACUGCUGAGGUGACAAGUGAAAUGGAAAUACAAACAACUGAAGCGGUGGGGGAGAUUUUUCAACCAACUGCUACAGAACAAACACAAACCCUGAGAGGUCAGGAGGUCAGUGAACUCACCACAGACGUUUCUGUUUCAUCGCCUUCAACUGAAAUACAAAUCCAGAAAAGCCUCAAUGUUGAGAGUGAAGUAAAAGUAUCUGAAACUGUACAGACUAUUUUCAGCAUUACCUCAAAUGAGGUUCACAAUAAUGAGAACGAGAUUCUUGAAAAAUCUGUGGACACUGUCGAGGGAACGAACGAAAUGGAAACGCAAGCAGCAGAAAUGUCAUUCGAGGCUUCUCAACCAACUGCUACAGAACAAACACAAAACCUGAGAGGUCAGGAGGUCAGUGAACUCACCAUAAACACAAAUAUUUCUGCUUCACCACCUUCAGCUGAAGCAGAGAUGGAGAGGAGGAUCACUGUUGCAGAACCUGCAAGUGAUCUGUCUAAAACAACGCAGGAAAAAUUCACAAUUCCUCCAAAUGAGACUAAUGAAAAUGAGCACGAGGUUAUUGAUAAAUGUGUCGACACUGCUGAGCCGAUAUAUGAAAUGGAAGUACAAACAGACGCGGUAGUGGAGAUUUUUCAACCAAGCACAGAACAAACACAAAACCAGAGAGCUGAUGAGGUCAGUGAACUCACCACAGUUGCAGAUAUGUCAGUUUCAGCACCUUCAGCUGAGACAAAGAUCCAGAAGAUCAGCAUCACAGAGCCUACAGAUGACUUCUCUACAACUAACCAGGAAAAUGUCAAGAUUCCUCCAAAUGAAAAUGAGAUUGGGGCUAUUGAAGAAUGUGUCCACAGUGCUGAAAGGACUAAUGAAAUGGAAACGCAACCAGCCCAACUACUGCAGGAGGUUUCUCAACCAGCAACUACAGAGCAGUCACAAAACCAAAGCAAUCAGGAGGUCUGUGAACAUAGCACUGACACUGAAGUCAAAAACAAUCCUAUUAAUCCUGAAAACGACAAAAACGUAGAUUCUGUUAGUACUUUUGAAAAUCACCCAACAAUAGCAUGGCAGACAUCAUCGACACCAGAGAAUUAUCAGAAGCUUGAUUCAGCACUUCGGAACCAGAGAAAUGAGGAGGAUGGUCAGGUGUAUAGAAAUGAAGACAAAGAUGCUUCUGAGUGCGAGAAUGUUCCAGAGUUUGAAACCAACAUGGAAUCUUCUGCAGAAUCAAGAGAGAUUUCUUAUUCAGCAGCUGUAGAGCAACAAAACCAUCUGGCAAAGGAGACCACUGAACACACCACAGAUGUAUCUGAUGAAAUUCAGACACCGAGUCCCGUUCACUUAGAAAAUAAAGAAAAUGGCAGACAAACGGAAAACGAGAAUGUCCAAGGGGAUGUAAUAUGUGGAUCAAAAGAAAGGACAGAAUCUGUAUUGUUGGAAGAUAUAAAAAUAGCUGAAUCUGUCAGUAAUACUGAAGACGGGACUGAAAGAAAUGAAGUUAUUGUUUUUAUUUGUGACCAAUCAGAAGACACUGAAGUUGCUGUUCAGGCACCAGAAGAGCAGAUUAAGACGGUUAAUCAAUCUGAGGUCGACUUUCAUGAAAACCARGUUGUAUAUGAGCCUAUUAGUAGUCCAGAGAGUAACAGUGGUGGAGAAGUUUGUACGAUACAGCUGGGUGAAACCAUUUCUUUUCUGGAUUUACACAGCGCAGAAACCCAUCAAAUACUAGACGACGGAUCAAACUUUUUAACUAGCGAUGAUAAACUAAAAACAACCCACCCUAAACUAGAAGAUGAGGAAAUUGUAAAGAAAGACAUUUGCGCCUCAGACAGCCAAGCAGUAGUUCUGAUGGAGGUUGAAACUACGAGCGAGGCACUGUGUCCUGCACAUGCACACUCGGAGCWGAGUAACACGACCGAAGAUGUGAAACACAUCACUGCAAUCGGGUCAAGUGACAUCAGUUUGGCAGACGGRCAAUCACAAGACGCCACAGAAAAGACUGUCAUUCUGCAGUGUGUAAGUGCAGCAGAGUUAACUGAGCAGGUGCAGGAAGGCACUGGAGUUCAAGACGCCACAGACGUCGUGACGACGACAACAACUCCAGCCCKGACUGAAGAUGAAAUAACAGAUGUUCCAUCUGAAGAUUAUGUGAUCUUAGAAACUGUCCACGUUCCAGAGAGUGAGGCUCAUUUCGACAUUGUUACUCAGGCUGCAGCUGAGUCGGGUCUAUCUGCAUCUCUCGGUCCAGACGAGGAGAUGACGAGUCAAAGCAUUUUAAGUAGUGCCCAGCAGACUGAAAUGCUCGAGGCCGAGGCACAUCAAGGUGAAACAGCUGACGAGGUCAAAGAAACUACAGUAACCAGCUCAGGUGAGGUUUUGGAGCAGCAGAUGGAGGCAAACCACCUUCAAGAUGCCCCAGUUUCUGACCACCUGCCACCAUCUGCCUCUGUGGAUGUAYACACGGCAAACUCUGGUCACACAAAUAAAGACAGUAAUGCAGCAGUGAUGGAGACGGUUGAAAGCGUUGUGGACCAAGAACAAGUGCAGAUUCUGGAGGAUAUGGAGAUCGGCCGUGAGAUUGUCGUGAUAGAGGAAGACAAUGACGGCGACAGUGAUAUUGUAAUAAUAACAGUACAACCGGAUCAGCCUCCUGAAACGUCCAAAGAGAAAGUAAAUGAUGAAAAGAUACAGGAUACAAGCAAGAUCGCAAUGACGACAAGUGCUGAAAAGACUGAAAAUGAGCGAAGGGGGCAAGAGGUUGAAAAACCCAAGAAACAAGAAAUGAAUAUGCAAGCAAGAACCAAAGCCCGUCUAGCAGCUUUGGCUGAGCAGAAGGCRGCAGCGGCGAAGAGAUCAGCAAACCGACAGCAGCUGAACCUUUUAGCCCUGUGUCAGGAAAUCGCAGAGGACAUUGCCACAGACAGCAUGUUGUUGAAGAAAAUAGAAGAAGAGAAACAAGCGGCGGCGGCAGCCGAGGCAGCUAAAGCAGAAGCCAUUGAGAAGGAGCAUCCAGCUGUCAUCUCACAAGAAGCAGAACCAGAUCCUUUAGUGACCCCCGCUGGAUCCGAGGAGAGCUCUGCUUCUGUGACCCCCACUCCAGAGCCGCCUGCUGCCCAGCCUUCGACAGCUGAUUCAGCUGAAACCAAACCAGCUGCAGAGCCUCCAAAAAGACGUUUUUUCAUCUCUCAGAUUUCAGUGCCUCUAAAAGCUCACGAGAAAAAGAAGCUAACUCGAUAUCAGAGACUGAGACGGGUUGAACUGCAGAGAGAGAAAAUGUCCUGGGCCCGCGUCAAGAAGCUUAAGUCUGACCAYACAAACCAGAUGUUCUCAGACGUGGACUGGCAGGCAUCGUUUUCUGGCAGCUUUUUAAUGGGUUCUACAACUCCUCCACCAGCAGCAGCCAGUCCAUCYAAAACAUCCUCUGCAAGUCCUGCAACAACCACCCAACCUGCUCAAGCAAAAGGAGACCCCCUCAAAGUUGAGACUUCUACUUCUGAGCUGGUGAAAACAGGAGCCGACAAAGCAGAAUCCAUUAAAACAGAAAAUUUAGAAAUUGAACUCGUUAAACCUGAAGCUACCAAAACUGAACCCACUAAAGCAGAACCUUCCAGAACUGAGCCCACUAAAGCAGAACCUUCCAAAACUGAGCCCACUAAAYCAGAACCCUCCAAAGCUGAACCUGUUAAAGCUGAAGCCACUAAAACUGAAGCUCCUAUUUGUGAAAACCGGAGAAUCACCAGGCAAAGUAAGGCUCAAGCUUCUCAGGCUACUGCUGUAGCUCCAAAACCUGCUCCGAAAGUUACCAGAUCAUCCAAGAGGACCCUCCCAGCUGUGCCUCCCCCCAUGCCUAAUGGACUUAAUGCUCAAAAACAGAAGCCCGUGGAGUACAAACCAUAUAAACCCAGGCCCAAGUACUCUUUUGAUGAUUUUGAACUCGAUGAUGAUGACUCUUUAUUAGUGUCUCACUUAAAGCCAAACCUUCCCACGCAGCCGCCCCGACCCGGCCUCCAGCCGAGCCCCGCAGCUCACGCUAAACUUCCACAAAAACCCACCGUUUCAUCACAACCUGCCACCCAGGCAAAGCUCAAACCUCAGACUGCACCUCCUGUACUGGUCUCCAGUCAGUCACGGCCCACUACUGCGGCUCAAGCUCCCCCACAAUCAGCAAAGCCAAAACCUACAGUUACAGCAGCCGCUCAGUCGAAACCCAUGACUGCAGCUUCAUCAAAGCCCGUCCCUUCAACCAGCGCCCAGCUAAAGACCCCAACCUUGGCCGCUUCGCAGUCCAAACCCGUUUCAGCUUCGGCCCAAACCAAACCUGCUGCUUCUGCUUCUCCCUCGUCACAAACGGCUGGUGUAAAUUUAACAAAGCAGCACGCACCAGCAGUCCCUCAACCAGCCAGUUCAGCUGCGACAGAAACAAAACCUGCUGCUGCUGAAGCUGAUGAUGCUUCAGCGCCUCAGCAAACGGAAAACCCCCCGUCACAGGAAGAAGAAAAGUGCAAGAAUGCAGCUGAUGRGCCGUCAUCACUUCCUGCCUCAUCUCCCCCUUCUGUGGAGAGCUCKUACAACAAAAAGAAGAGUGAAGAUAGUCCUGCUGACACCCCUAAUUCUUCAGCAGAUUCUCAAAGCAAAGCAGACAGGACGACGGAGAAGACAGAAAACCGUUAUCAGGACAGUGAAGCAAAGCCACAGGAUGCUGCGACUUUUCUUUCCGAUGCUUCUCUGCAAAAAGAGGUGAAUAAACUUAAGGAGGCUGACAAAGAUGGCACCCAAACUAUCAUUGAUGCAGGACAGAAACACUUUGGACCCGUGGCCUGCAGUGGGUGUGGGAUGCUCUACACUGCUGCCAACGCUGAGGAUGAAGCUCAGCAUUUACUCUUUCACAAUCAGUUCGUCAGCGCUGUCAAAUAUGUGGGGUGGAAAAAAGAGAGGAUCCUGGCAGAGUAUCCUGAUGGCAAGAUCAUUCUGGUUCUGCCAGAUGAUCCCAAAUAUGCUUUAAAGAAGGUGGAAGAGAUCAGGGAGAUGGUGGACAAUGACCUUGGCUUCCAACAGGUGGAGACAAAGUGUCCCUCUAAGACCAAAACGUUCCUCUUCAUCUCUGUUGAUAAGAAAGUGGCUGGAUGCCUCAUAGCGGAGCACAUCCAGGAGGGGUACAGGGUGAUUGAGGAGCCUCUUCCUGAGGGCUCUGAGGGGGAGAAGGUGUUAUUUGAACGUCAGAAAGCCUGGUGCUGCUCCACCACACCAGAGCCGGCGAUCUGCGGCAUCAGUCGCAUCUGGGUGGCCAGUAUGAUGCGACGCCAAGGCAUCGCCACACGUAUGAUCGAGUGCCUCAGGAAUAACUUCAUAUACGGUUCCUACCUGAGGAAGGACGAGAUCGCGUUCUCAGACCCCACUCCUGAUGGAAAACUUUUUGCCUCGCAUUAUUUUGGCACCUCCCAGUUUUUAGUUUACAACUUUGUAAGCGGACCACGCUCGCUCCAACCCAAAACUCAAGCAGUAUGACAUUCUGCAGGAGAAGAAACGAUGCAUUUGUCUGUCGUGCACACUCACUCUUCUGUGUGUUUAAAAAAAAAGUUAAAUUUAACACAUGGAGAGAAACUCCUCCUCUGAGAGGCCGGUCAUUGGUUCAAAUCUCAGGAUUAAAAACAACAAAUCGUUGUUGAGAAAUGUCAUCAAUUUAAAUAUUCCCUGAAAAGUAUUUUUAAAAGACUAUUUUCUUUAAGCAAACAAUUGGUUUUAUUAAAAUCAAAAUGUUUACAUGCAUGACCUGACAGCAAUAGAAUUAAAGAGCAUAUUAUUUUUUACUUUCAGCAAACUCUUUUACUUUUGUACCUGUAAGGGAGUGAUGAUGAGCGUCUUGUUUCUCUCCAUGACUGAUGCCGCCAUAGUCUCAAGUUGUAUUUUAAUGUUUAAAAGGCGCAGAGAUGUAGACGGAGAGUUGUGGGUGUUAAACUGCAGUCUGUAGUACGAGUCUUUGUCUUUAAAUCUCACUACUUUGUUUGUGCCUAAAUGAAUAAUGUUUGAUUUUAGAUGUUUUUAUUUACAUCUUUGCCAUAUUGUCUCACUAAGCAGCAUUUAGCUUUUUAUUCAGUUAGCCUAGAGAAUCAUCCUCUUAUUCCUUAGUAACAAAUUAAAAUGUAUAUCAAGUAAUCAUGUAGAUUUAUGCAUACUAUAACAAGAUUUAUAACAGAAGAUGAGGAAGGUCUUAGCUUCUUGUGUAAAAGGAUAUUUAAGCAGUAAAUAUCAGACAGGUUCAGUCUUUGAUUGAAUUAUAAUGACCAACACAAAAGUUUAGAUCAACACUGAUUAACAGCAUUAUUUUAAUCAUACUUUAUUUUCUUCCUCAUUGUUAAAGCGUUUAGAGUUGUUUUGUGUAAGAAAAUGAAACUUGAUUUAUAUGAAGCUGGUAUGUAAAUAUUUAUUUAAAUAAACAACAGAAAAGAUUUUUGCUCCAAGUGGGUAUUAGUUGUAUAAAAUCUGCCAUCUAGUGGCCGUUGUCAUAAUUUUUUUUUUUUUUGCAAUAAUAUUCUAAAGAUAAACAAACAUCACAAUUUGUGGUACACUUGAGUUAA